AAAUACUGAAAAUUAAUAAAAGUCAAUUUUCUUUAAAAUCUGAAAGCAGAAAUCUUUAACACCAAGAACCGAACUUUUCAGGCAGCACAAGCAGAAGAGUCUCGAUGGAGUUAGCGGACAGAGUGGUUGGGCUGCUUUUAACAUUGACUAGUUUGUCCAUUUUCACAUAUUAUACCUUCUGGGUCAUCAUUCUGCCUCUUGUUGACAGCGAUCAUUUCGUGCACAAGUAUUUUCUACCACAAGAAUACGCAAUUCUCAUUCCUGUAUAUGCUGCAGUGGUGCUCAUCUGCUUCUUGAGCGUGUUUAUUGGAUACGUCAUGUUCAAGUCCAAGAAGAAGAAGGCAUGAUAUGGUCGCGGCAAGUCAAUUUUUUGCUCUAUAUAUCGAGUUCAUGACACUUGAUAAUCUUUUCUAAUAUCGUUUUAGCUCUUCUCGAUUUGAAUAGCCCGUGUCGUAGAUCACAUAGAUUUUCAUCUAUUCUUGUGUUCACUACAAUUUGGAACCUCUAGAUAUGAUUUUUAGUUGUCACUACUCACUACACACGGGCAUUAAACAAGACAUGGUUGAUUUGUUCUCUUGUUAUUAGCUAGAGGGGUGUAAAAAACUUUGAUCAAUGACAGUUCUACAAAACAAGUCUUUUGUCUCGA